GGAACAUCAGCCACCUCGGUCGCACCUCGCCGCGUGCCUCCCCAGCUUCCUCCGUCCUUAUCCGCCUCCUCCCUGCCCUCCCCUGCUGACGGUUGGCGUCGUUAACAGCUGAUCGACCCACCAGGCCACUGGGCUUCCUCUCCUUCUCUCUUUCUUUCCUCCUCCUCUCUCUCCCUCGCCCCGGCUUUUCCUGUUUUCUCGUCGCUUGCUGUUUCCGCCCCCUGGCCGGCACCACCAUGGACAUCAACCCCUAUGUGGGGCCCGUCCCCAACUACUAUUCGACAUCUUGGCUACAAAUCCUCGCUCUACUGGGCCUCUCCGCGAUCGGUGUUGUUCUCUGGAUCGGCCGCCUUUGGAAGAAAUACUCCAAGUUGAAUGAUCUCCUCCAGGCGCAACGUCUCAAUGAGGUGGUCCGCCUCGACGGGCUUCUCGACACUGAGAGCGCCAGCUUGAGCUCCUACACGUCAUCCCAUUUUGACCGCGUCGCACGCGUCCAUUAUGGGGAGAUCCUGCGAGACAUUCGCCGAGCCCACUUCGGCGUGCGGCUUCUCAGCAACAAGACCACUGCCACGAUUGCGCCCCCUUCACAAACAUCCCCUUCAUCUGGUCUUCUGCCGCCGGUGCUGCCCGACUUGCGGUUUCUCUUCCGCCAAGUCCAUCCUACUGCCAAUAUCCCUGCGGAAUUUGGCCCCACACCCAGUCCCCAAGGAUCAACCCCGGCCAUAACUCCGACGGCUGACCCUGCAGCUGCCCCGGGCACCGAUGCCGACGCAUAUCCGACCCGGGUCCGCCUCUUUUGGUAUGUCCCAUUGCACAUCCUGCGCCGGACACUUGUUCCGGCCGAAGGUUCAUCUCCCGAGGCUGUCCCUGUCGGUGAUGGCGUCCCCCAGGCCGACUCCUCGAUCCUGUCCAGCACUCUGCAGCAGCUGGCCACAUCAUGGGCCUCCGCGCGCGCCCUCUUUGAAGACCCGCCCCUGGAGCAGCUGGCCAUGGCCUCCGGGCACUCGUUGGCCGAUUCGGAGCUGCUGCUGGACGGCAGCACCACCGGGGCUCAUGGCGGUGCGGCUGGGCUCCCGGUCGCCGAGCAACUGGCCACCAUGGCAUUUCGCAGUGUGGAAGGCUUCGCCGGGGACUUUUGCCAGGCCCUGAAAUCGAGCUCCUUCGCCUCGGAAUCCCUGGUCGCUGGGUUCUCCUCCACGGGGGCGGUUUUCCCCAUCCUCCCAAAGAACCCCCUGGCCGAUGAUGACAUGGACGACAUGGGCACCAAGCUUGGCCGGCUGAGCCAGCACUUGUCCCGUUCUGGGCCGGUUUGUCCGCUGGUUAUGGUGUCCUGGUCGCCAUUGUCCACUGCGGCCGAAGUGUCCCUCUUCGAUGUUCCCCUCAUCCGGGGGAGCUUGGCUGCCACGGCCGCGGCCACGAGCGCGCCUCCAGCCAGUCCCAGCGCCUCGCCCCUUGGCGCUGUGACCCUCAUCUGGCAGUGCGUCCUGUUGGCCCAAUCGCGAACGGUCACCACUUUGGAUGACGUCUUCCAUGUUGGCUUUGGCGAUGUCAGCGGGCGGAGCUCAUCAAGCGCGAUGGUGGCAUCCUCUUCUGCAUCCGAUGGCUCGCACACCCCCGCAUUGCUCCCUGCACGUCCGCCCACCACAGCCGAGCACUGGCACCAAGGGGGCACCUCUCAUCGUACUCCCAUCACGGUUGCCAGCCCGGAUGGCGGUGACUCUGCAUUCCCACCGGCCGCCGGGGCUCCCGUCGCCCCGGAUUACGCCUCCAACUUCGAUCUUCCUCCCUGGACCGAGGACGACUCCGAGUGUGUUGUCUGCCUGAGCGACAUCCCGACGGUUAUCCUGCUUCCCUGUCGGCACCUGUCUGUGUGCCGCCUUUGUUUCAAGGAGCUGGACAAGUGCCCUGUCUGUCGGUCAACCAUCAGCUCAUACCUCCUGCUGGAAACACCCGAGGCCACGUCACAGACGGUGCCGGUGAUGCCCCCCACCGUUCAAUCACCCGACCUUGAUGUUUGAGCCCACGUGUCGGGGGGUAGAAGGGGAAGGUCGACCUUCUCCCUUUCGGUUGUCCCGUCCUCGCCAGUUUGCGGGGAGAGGGACGUGGUUCCUUUUUUUUCUCCUCCGUGCCCACUUCACCGCAGUAAUAUACCCCCCCCCCACCCUUCCC